GUCCACGUGACGGGUCCCGGGCCCGAGGAGGAGCCCCGAUCCGGUCAGGGGGAAACCAUGACCCUGCGGCUCUUCCUCGUCCUCUUCUUGCUGGCCCCCGCAGCCGCGGAGGCCCUGGACCCCGGCUUCCAGGAGCGCUACUUCGAGCAGACGGUGGAUCACUUCGACUUCGAGACCUACGGCAACCGGACCUACCUCCAGCGGUACCUGAUCACGGAGAAGUUCUGGAAGAAGGGGUCGGGGCCGCUGUUCUUUUACACGGGGAACGAAGGCGACAUCUGGAACUUCGCGAAGAACUCGGACUUCAUCUUGGAGCUGGCGGCGGCCGAGUCGGCGCUGGUGAUCUUCGCCGAGCACAGGUACUACGGCAAGUCCCUGCCGCUGGGGCCGGGGUCCAUCCGGAGGGGGAGCAUGGGGCCGCUCACCGUGGAACAGGCCCUGGCCGACUACGCCGUCCUCAUCGGUGCCCUGCAGCGGCAGCUCGGGGCCGCCGGCCUUCCGCUCGUCGCGUUCGGCGGGAGUUACGGGGGGAUGCUGAGCGCCUACAUGAGGCUGAAGUACCCCCACCUCGUGACCGGCGCCCUGGCGGCUAGCGCCCCGGUGCUCUCCGUGGCCGGCCUGGGCGACCCGAGGCAGUUCUUCCGCGACGUCACGGCGGAUUUUGAGAAUUUCAGCCCCAAGUGUUCCGGGGCGGUGCGGGAGGCCUUCGGGCAGAUCGGGGACCUGGCCCUGCGGCAAGCCUACGACCCCAUCAGCCGAGGCAUGGCCACCUGUCACCGGCUCUCCGACGGGGCCGACGUCGAUCAGCUGCUGGAGUUCGCCCGCAACGCCUUCGCCAUGAUCGCCAUGAUGGACUACCCGUACCCCACCGACUUCAUGGGCCACUUCCCCGCUCACCCGGUGGCGGUCGGAUGCGAGCGGCUACUCGCGAGCAGUGACCGGCUCCGGGGCCUCAGGGCGCUGGUCGGCCUGCUGUACAACUCGUCGGGAGCGGAGCCGUGCUUCGACAUCUACCGGCUCUACCGGAAGUGCUCCGAUCCCACCGGCUGCGGGACCGGCCCGGACGCGGAAGCCUGGGACUACCAGGCCUGCACGGAGAUCAACCUGACGUUCGAGAGCACCAACGUGACGGACAUGUUCCCGGCCAUCCCGUUCACGGACGCGCUCCGGGAGCACUACUGCCUGGAAAAGUGGGGCGUGCUGCCGCGGAAGAGCUGGCUGCUCACGCACUUCGGGGGGAGCGGUCUCCAGGCCGCCAGCAACAUCAUCUUCUCCAACGGCGACCUGGACCCCUGGGCCGGCGGCGGGAUCCAGACUAACCUGAGCUCCUCGAUCGUGGCCGUCACCAUCGAGGGAGGAGCCCACCACCUGGACCUCCGAGGCUCCCACCCCGCCGACCCGCCGUCCGUCCGAGACGCGCGGAAGCUAGAGGCCCUGUUGAUCCACCAGUGGGUGGAAGCCCGAAGAAAGUAACGGGCCCCGUGGCCGUGUCGACCGCCGCCGCGUCCCCGUGGUGAUUCAGGGGGACGGGUCCUCGAGGAGACGGCGGACGCGGGCUCCCGCGCCGUCUCCGCUUCAGAGAUCACACGGCUCCCGUGGCCAGUUGGCUCCCUUUCUCCUUAUCUCGUCUCUUCUCGUUAUCCCCUGCACUCCAGCGGGAGGCCCCGACAUCACCCCCGUACGGGUUACGGGGGUGACCCUUCCCCAGGCAGAGAUUUUCUGGGGGGGGGGGGGCUGGCGAGGGAGGUGGUGCCCCAGCCAGCCGCACUGACGGUCGUCUUCGACGACCCUCGGGGAGGGCUCCGCUUCCUCAGAAAGAACGAGGGCGGUCCGGAGGCAAGAAAACCCCGACACCCCAGCUCUCCGUUCCCUUAGGGGGAACCGGUUCUGAAACCGGGUCAGCCCUCCGACCCGCUGCUCUUUCCCCUUCCCGGGAAGGGGAUGGAAGCGUCAGAGGCUGAGCCGGGUGGGAAGGGGGGGCCGUUUCGGGAACGGACCGCCCCCGGACACGGGUUCUGGGACCUCCCGUCCAGCCUGACCGCUCCCGAAAAGCCCCAGAGGUCGAGGGCGGGACUCCUUGCCGGCAUCGGCGGCCCGGCGAAAACACGCUUCACGCAACUUCGUAAAAUAAGUUAUACGUUUAAUAAAAUGCGUAACGAAGA